AUUGUAUUUUGUCUGUCACCUUCUUGAACUUCCCUUUUCAAAAUAUCUUAAAACUGAUAUUACUUGUGUGCCUGUGUAUGUGAAGAAUGAAGGGGUUUGCCGUUUUCUGCUCGCUCGCUUCCCUGGUCUUUGUUUGGUCAACGUCAUGUGCAGCUGAAGGGAAUGCCUCGGAAAGUACCUUGGACAGUGUUUUACCGGAAAAUUUGAAAGACCACACAUUUAAUGUGUUGCAAUUUGAGCCCAGACCUGUUACAGGCACUUGUCGUUGUGUGAAUGCUUCAUGUGGAUGUUGUCAGACAUUGUCCAUUGCAAAAUUACAUAUAAAGAAAGAAGUUUGUAUCAACGUUAAGUAUCUGAAGAAAGAGAUUGGAUUUCUUUUGACCGUCACUUUGGAUGGAAAACCAAUACUAAAGAAAGAGGUGUCAGUCCAAAAUCCACCACCGAUCUGCCUCAAAGUUCCUCUCGUGAAGAAGCUAAAGAAACUUGCAAGUAUAUGUAUAGAGUUUUCCGAAGUUCAUGUUGGGAAGGAUGGCUUAUCUGGAUGUUCUGAGCUUACUGUACACUUUGUUUUCAUCAAAGUGGUAAAGUUAAAGUUGGGCUGCUUCAAAAUUCCAUUCUCUGAAUACGAAUUGAAUAUGAUUCACCAGCAAGGAGUUGAAUAUUUGCUACCAGGUAUCGUCCAGCCAGAUGGAUCGAAAACUGAGAAUAGGGAUUUUCCCAACAGUAUUUUUUUGCAGAAUAAUGAUGAAUGGAACAAGAAGUUAUAUGAAAGAAAGUCUGAUUUCAACAUUUUACCAAAGGAUCAGCCAGCAGAAAAAAUACCUAUUGGUGACGAAAUAUCUUUUGGUGAUGAAAUAGUAGCCACAGAAGAUGGAUGCCAUUGCACCGGGGAAACUUGUAAUUGUUGCAAAACGGUGUCCCUGAAAUUCCUUUCAUUGACAAAACAAGUAUGUGUCAACCUUGUAUUUGACCAGCAGGGUCUGGGAUUUGAACUCCAGCUUUCGAUUGACGGAAAGGUAAUCCUUCAUCAAAAAGUUGAAGCAAAGAAUCCAUCACCUGUUUGUAUCAAUAUUCCCUUGCAUGGAAUGGAAGUCAAAGCUUGUAUUGAAUUCACGAACUUGAAAGUGAGCAGUAGUGGCAUGUCUGGGUGUCUGGAUCUUAGCGCAAAGAUCAAGCGAGAAUACAAGUUCCAACUUGGAUGCUUCAAAAUUCCUCCUUCAGAUCAUUCCCUUAGCGACCUAUUAUCUGAAAGUGGGGUUAUUGAUACAACAGGGGAUGGAUGCACGUGUUCUGCUAAUGGUUGCAACUGUUGCAAGACGGUGACGAUGAAAGGAAUCACAAAGACAGUGUGUAUUAAUCUGAUUUACAAAGGCUUGGAAAUCGACGUUAAACUCCAAGUUGACGGAAAAGUUUAUUUUACCAAGGAAUUCGAAGUAAAGAGUCCACCACCAAACAUGUGUACAACCAUUAACAUCAAAGGCACAUCUGUUAAGGUUUGUGUUCAGCUGACUGAAUUCAAGGUCGAAAGCAAAGACGUGUCUGGAUGUGUUGGUGCUUCCGCUUCAGCAUUUGGUCAACAUUACAACAUUAAACUCGGAUGCUUCAAGAUGUCACCUGCUCAGUACAGAAUAUUCAAAUCAUCUUACAUCUUUGAAAGUGAAAUAGAUUAUGCAAAAUGAGAGUUCCUGUCUUUAAUCACACAUUCAUGUUUUUCUCAAUGUUGCAAAGGAAUGAAUUACAAUACAGUGAAACAUGCCAACAACAAAUGAGUAUAUCGGUUUUGCUUCAGUAUAAUUUGAAAAAAUACGUUACAUAUUAAACACUUUGUUUACAACUCCAGAAUUAUAUGGUAGUAAUUUUUAAUUUUAGUUUUGAUAUAUUUUGGAAAGAUGACUGAAAUCGUAAAUUUAGAGAAUAAUAUUUCAGUUUAUUAUAAUUUUGGUCCUAUCGUGACUCAGUCUAGGAGAAGAUGAUAUUACAAUGAAAUCUAUCUCAAAAUAACACAAAAAUAUCAAAUACUGAAGGAGAAUACAUGUAUUGCUUGUAUCAUUUAUCUUUGCUGAACCAAAUCUUUGAAGUAAAUACUGGGUGCUAAUUGAUGAAUGUUAAUUUUUGAAUAAAUACAUCCGUUUAAACACAAAAUAAAAUUGUAAAAUCUUCAGUAAUAUCAAGUAAAUUUUUUAAAUGAAAAAACCCAAAUACCCAGUUUUUGUACAUUUUUGAAAACUAAUAACAUUAAUGAAUUUGAAUAUAAUUUCUCCCAUCCGUAAAAGAAACAAGAAAAAGGACCUUAAGUUUAAGAAAAGCUAUUGUAGUGAUUUUGGAGACUAAAAUAAGGCAGUUGCUAAUAUUUUUAAUAAUUCAAGAUAAUGAGUUUUACAAUUUUAUCAUCUAUGGAAAUUGAUAUGAAUAUGUAUGAUUUCCUAAGGAUAAUUUAUUUUGAUAAUUGCAUUAUCUUCAAUUAUCUAGCACUUAUUUCUUUUAAAAGCAGGCAUUAAACUGGGAAAUACAGACUGGCAGAUUUGUUUAAAAUUUUCCUUUUCAACUUGCAUGGAUUUUUUCAUUAUAUAUUUUGUUUGUACAUUUUACUUUGUAUUGCUAUUUCUUUGUUUGUUUGCAAUAAAUAUUCAAUUUCUUA